CAUAUUUGCAUAUUGUGAGGGGAGAGUCAUGGAUGAGGGUGACGCAGGAGAUCGAAACGAAGCAAUCUCCGCAGUGGCAGACGAGGGUUUCUUGGGGGAAGAGGAUGACGACUACGAAGAUCUUUACAACGAUGUUAACGUUGGGGAAGGGUUUCUUCACACUCUCCGCAGCAACGAAGAUGUGGGCUUCAGAAAUGGGGAAGCGGACAGGAAGAUCGAGUCGGCUGCUGAGUCUAGGGGGGUUUUAAUACCUGGGGUUCAGGGUGCCACUGGUGGUGGUGGUGGUGGUGUCGGGGUUGGAGAAAGUAAGUUUGAACAGGAUGUUGGUGCUUCGGGACCGGUAAGUGUUACUAUGGCUCCUGCUAGAGUAGAGGGCUUUCAGAAUUCAGGGUUUAGAGGCAAUGAGUUAGCACCGAAAGGGUCGGUCCCUGUAUCGGCAGCGGCUGAUGGUGGUGGUGGAAUGAGGGUUUCUUUGGGCCCUUCAUCCGGUAAAAUGGUUGAAAAUGAAGUGCAACUUGUUAAUAAUUCUAUGCCUUCUCAGGUAAUGACUCAUCAAUCUCAGAUCGUAGGCUUUGGGAACGUUUCCAUUGAGGGUUAUGCGAGGCAGCCAGGAGGGGGAGGGGGUGGAAAUGCAAAUGCUAGUGGCGGGUCUGGGGGUGCCAGUGGUGGUGGUGGGACUAUUCUUUUUGUGGGUGAUCUGCAUUGGUCGACAACGGAUGCUGAGCUUGAGGCAGAGCUCGGGAAAUAUGGGGCUGUGAAGGAGGUGAAAUUUUUUGAUGAAAAGGCAAGUGGGAAAUCAAAAGGGUAUUGCCAGGUUGAAUUCUAUGAUUCUGCCACAGCAACAGCUUGCAAGGAAGGGAUGAAUGGGUAUGUCUUUAAUGGGAGGCCAUGCGUCGUGGCCUUUGCUUCACCAUAUAGUGUUAGGAGAAUGGGAGAGGCCCAGGUGAACAAAAACCAACAAAUAACCCAGACCUCUCUUGCUCCAGGGAGAAGGGGAACAGGGGAUGCUGGAGGUAGAAGUGGUGGAAAUGCCAUUGCAACAGGUGGGAAUUAUCAAGGUGGGAAUUAUCAAGGUGGAGAUGGGAGUAGAAAUUAUGGUAGGGGCAGUUGGGGAAGAGGUGGUGCCCAAGGAAUGGGGAAUAGGGGGCAAGUUGGCCCAAUGCGAAACAGAAUUGGUGGGAUGAAUGGGAGGGGUAUAAUAGGCAAUGGUAGUAAUGGAUUUGGACAGGGGAUCGCAACAAACCCACCAUUGUUGCAUCCCCAAACAAUGAUGAAUCAAGGUUUUGAUCCAGGUUAUGGAGCACAUAUGGGGAGGAUGGGUGGUUAUGGAGGUUUCCCAGCUCAACCAACUGCUCCUUUUCCAGGGAUAUUGCCAUCGUUCCCUCCAGUCGGUGGUGUGGGUUUGCCUGGAGUGGCUCCUCAUGUUAAUCCAACAUUUUUUGGGAGGGGCAUGCCAACAAAUGGAAUGGGGAUGAUGCAUACUACUGUUGUUGAGGGACAUGGAAUGGGAUUGUGGUCAGAUCCUAAUGCAGCUGGAUGGGCUGGUGAUGAGCAUGGUGGGAGGGCAGGAGAGUCUAGUUACGGGGAAGAUGCUGCAUCAGAUCUUCAGUAUGGAGAAGGAAGCCAUGAGAGAGGGGGUUGGCCUAAUGCAAUGAAGGAGAAAGAGAGGGCCUUUGAGCGGGACUGGUCUGGAGCUUCUGACAGAAGGUAUCGAGAUGAUAGAGAACCAGGAUCAGAUAGAGAUAUACCAAGGGAGAAAGAUAUGGGUCAUGAUCAUGAUUGGUCAGAAAGAAGGCAUCGUGAGGAUAGAGAAACUGGUCGAGACCGGGACAGAGACAGGGAACGAGAUCGUGAGCGUGAGCGGGAUCGAAAUAGAGAUGACAGAGACAGAUACUUGGAUCAUCGCAGAUACAGGGACUGUGAAUCUGAGCAUGAUGAUGAGUGGGACAGAGGAAGAUCUUCAAGGGCCCACAGCAAGCCACGUCUGUCACAGGAGGAAGAUCAUCGUCCAAGGUCAAGGGAUGCGGAAUAUCGGAAGAGACGGCGGCUACCCUCAGAGUGACUGAAUGCUCUGAUUCUGGUCAGCUGGAUGAUGAAAUUCUGAAUUAUAUGGGAUCUUCAUACUCAUU